CUUUAUAUCUUAGCAACAACAUGGUAAACUAAAUAUCAAAAGGAACACAUAUAUUUGUAAAAGAAUAGUAAAAUGAUUGAUUUUGCAGCUGUGAUGAUAGGCACUGCACUAUUUGCAUUUCUGUGCCCUGGGCUAGUUUUGCAGCUUCCUGGUAAGAACAAGCCAGUUGAAUUCCUUAACAUGAAAACCAGUGUUCUAGCCAUGAUCUUGCAUGCUGUUAUUUAUGGCUUGCUUCUCGUCUUGUUCCUCGUUAUGCUCGACAUUCAUAUCUACAUCUAGUCCCCAACCCCAACCUUCUUCUCAUCAAACCAAACUGCAUCUGCUAUGUGCUCGGAGCAAACCUCGUUUCUUCUUUUAAUGAUGUCUCAGAAUAAGAAUAAUCUCUGAUUUUUAUGUUUUUUUUCCCCUAGGUUUGUUC